AGAGAGAAGAGAGAGAAACCAGCCAUGGUGAAGUUUCUGAAGCCAAACAAGGCGGUGAUCAACCUCCAGGGCCGCUACGCCGGGCGCAAGGCUGUCAUCGUACGCGCCUUCGACGAGGGCACCCGCGACCGUCCCUACGGCCACUGUUUGGUUGCGGGGAUUAAGAAGUACCCAGGCAAGGUCAUCCGCAAGGACUCCGCCAAGAAGACGGCCAAGAAAUCCAGAGUGAAGGCCUUCAUCAAGCUCGUGAACUACCAGCACCUGAUGCCAACGCGCUACACCCUGGACGUGGAUCUCAAAGACGUCGUCAACGUCGAGUGCUUGCAGACAAAGGACCAGAAGGUCACUGCUUUGAAGGAGGUCAAGAAGCGGUUCGAGGAGCGGUUCAAGACCGGGAAGAACAGGUGGUUCUUCACCAAGCUCAGGUUCUGAGGACCUUUCCAUACGGCGCCGCACUGGAAAUGGGGUCUGUCUGAUUUUGGGUUUAUGUUUUUUCGAGUUUAAGUUUAAUUUUGAAAUGAAAUGAGACGUUUUUAUGGAUUUUAUGGAUUAAUGUUUAGCUUGAGUGAUUAGAUUUUGUAUUACUGAGAUGUUUAAUUUUGGGUCUUUCUGGAUUUUGCUUUAUUUUCCUGCAAUUUUAUAUCAGCAUUGUUCUUC